CACCAUCAUCGCCAUCUGCAUUGAACCAACGCCAACGUUUGCAUUUAAUUGAUUAAACCAAUUAAACCACCGUGCUAGUGGGCAAAUUCGAGCGAUUCUUCCAGGCAAGCUGGAGUUCUACUGUGUAGCCGAGCUUUUGCAACAAUGCUCGGUAGCGCAUAAUGGUUAGACGAUGCUUUGUACCCUUCUGCAACUCGGGGUACAGAUCGUGCAAAGAAAAGUUUUCGAUGUUCGCCGCACCUAAAGACGACGAACUUUUGGAGAAGUGGAGGCGCGCGAUACCAGCGAUACCCAAGAGGCGUCGAGCGCUUCAGACGAACGAUUACGUCUGCGAGAAACACUUCGAGCCCGAACUCGUGUGCAAAGAAUGGACGGCGCACUACAAGGGGCACGUUUUGGUGAACGUCCCCCGGAAAAGGGUCAUACUUUCGAGGGACGCCGUGCCGACCAGGUUCCCCGACUGCACGGCGAACCUCCCCAAAACCCCGAGGCGCUCGACGAAACCUCUCGUAAGGGCAUCUCUCGUCUUGUCGAAGAAAAGCAAGUCAUCCAUUCGAGCUCCUUGCGAGGGAAGCGCCAGUGACUGUCAGUGUUCAUGCGAGUCGCCAACUGCCGUGUCCGGCAACCCUGUGGGCACUGCAGUCUUCGGGCCAGGUGAAGAACAAGACUGCACCGGCACCUCCGUUAAAAAAGAGUCUUCCGUGUUUUCAAGCCUGUUGUACGACAUUCCGAUAUCUUUUCUUCCCGCAAUGUCGUGGGGGGUACACAGGCUUGAACUGGGUGACGAGAAGAGCGUUGUUUUUUCGCAGCUGAAGCCUUCCCAAGGACUUUUCAGCGACCCGUCAUCGGGAAGCGCGAGUUCGUUUACUCCCUUCGGCGCUCCCAAGAUCGUGCAAAUCGACGAGAAAAUGCGAGUUCGCGCGGUCUUCAUGGGAAAGUGCGUCCCCUUGGAGCAACUGAACUAUGCAGGCCAGCUGUCGACUCUUGAUGACGUACAGUCGUUCUUACAAUACGUGGACCAAAUUAAGAUUUGUGCCGGAGGGCCGAUUGCUCUGGGGCAACCCCAAGUUGAACCUGGAAGCGCGUACAUUGACACGAACCACAGGUGGCGCCACAAUAGCUGCUCCUUGAUCGUACACUUCGGAAGCGUCAUCUUGCCUAAUGUGCCUUAGCCUGCCUGCCACAUUGCAGAUUCGCCAGAAGAGGAUGCCGAAGGGAAAACGGUUGUUGCAAACAGCCAGAUCACGGCGUCGGUAGUUUGGAUGCUAGCAUUGAAGGAUGUGGUUGAUACAUUGUGCUGAGCUAAUUACGCACUCAGAAUGUUGAAAAACAGGCUGCUUAAGCAAUUUAAACCGAUAGCUUCUGAGGUAAAGAAAGCUCGCAAACAGCUUAAAAAAACUUGGACGCUUGCGCUUCGCCUUCGAGAGUUGAGCUGCAAUCGCCUGGUUGGGCCUCGUUCGCAUAGUCAUCUCAUUCGUUUGCCAGCCUUCGCUUCCCAGUGGACCCCUCAACCUUGCCUUGAGGAAAGGAAUGUCUCUGUGCGUAACAUUGGUAGUCUCAGGUGCAGUUGUGAAUUGCCUACAACGGCAUAAUUUUUCAUACUGCGAACCAGCAAAGUACCCACUACGCGUCCGUAAGGCAACAUGCACAGCUUCCACAGCUGCAUAGUUUGUUGAUGCUGUUGCUGCUGAUAAUGAGAAAGUGUGCCUGAGUGCUUUGCAAUGAGUGUGUGGACCUUUAAACCACCCACUCAUUGCGCUACUCGCAUGGUGUGACGCUUGGAAUGAUUCUACGAUUCUGCCACGCAUCAUUACAUGUGUUAACGGUAGUCCUUGCGCUACGUGACACCUGUGCAGGGUUUUUAUUGUCCGAAGCAGUUUCACGCAUUGGCGUGGCUCUGUGGUAUAACACCUGACUGCCACGCAGACGGCCUGGGUUUGAAUCCCACUUGAACCAGAGAUGAUUUUUAUUAUUUAUUUCUUUGCAUCUCAAUUUUUUUGCUCAUGGACAACGUCGAUUUUUCACUCACAACCAAAGACGCUGAUGCCAACACCAGAAUUUCUGUGAAACGAGUUCUUUAAUGCUAUGGCAUUAAAAAAUGGCUGAUGAAUACACCAAAACAAAACUGAAAAACGAUGACUUAGCCAGAACACACAUCACAGUAGUGAAAGAGUGCCUAGUGACUGCUAUGCUGGCUAACAAGAAAGGAUGACACUACACGGAACAGUGGCUACCAAUGUGCCGUCUACUACACAUACGAAACCUAUCUGUGUACAAGUUCCUCCGUGACAACAAUGCGCUUUCGCUGCCGAGCCUGACAACCGUGCGGAAGUGUUUGAGCACUGCGAGAGUGAAAUGGGAAUUUGAUUCCAGGUUUUGUGCUUCCUUUAAAAAUAAAAUGGCAUGCAAGGGCAUGUUUCAGUGCCACAGGAUUCUGGUGUUCAAAGAAACUCGAGUCGGGGAGGAAACGAGGGUGCACUCCAAAUCGACGACUUACUGUGGGUUCAGUGACUUUGGUGAUGGCAUCACCACAGGUGAUGACCUUGCAGAUUGUGGUCUAUUCUUCACUGUUAGUGCUUUCAGUGAGAAUUAUUGACAACCAGUUGCAGUAUACACCAGUAAAGGGCCUAGUAAGAGUGUCAUACUUGUGCUGCUCGUGUUGAAGGCAAUAUAUCUGCUUGAGGAGGCCGGCACGAUAGUAUAUGAUGGUGCCCCAGCCAGCCACCUCAUGUGGAAGAGCUGAGCCUAAGUGGGGCACUACACAAAGCUAGUCACUCGUUUUUUCACCCAACUGAUGAUGCACGCAAAGUUAGUUUUUUUCUAAUGCAUUUCACCAAAUAAAAUACGCACAGACCUGGCUGUAUGCGCGAAAGGUUUUGUCCAGUAAAUGGUAAGCGCGUUCAGUGGCCACACUACGACCGCAUUUUUUUCAUGGACUUGGGACAAGCUGGACACCUGCAUGUUUGCCUGAAGAUUACUCAUUCGCACAUCAGAAUGUCCAACACUGAAAAAAUGUGGGUUAGACUUGCAACCCAGCUGUUAGGCCAAAGUCUAGCACAAGGCUUUGAUUUAUACUCAUAAAGGAGCACACAGAGACUUUGUAACAUUAAAUGCACAAGAGAAUUUACAAUUAGAUUCAACAAUGUCUUUGAUGCUACGAAUCGCAGUACUCCACAGCAGGGUGUGACUGCAAGAAGCAAAGGACCUGCACAGUGUCGCAUCCAUUUCGCAUUGGCUUAUAGGGACACUAGAAAGAAAAACGAUUUUUCACGGAUUGGUAAAUUACAAUUUCACAAUACCGAAAACAGCACUCUAACUGCUAGAACACGCUUGGAAAGCGAGAAAACACGCGAACAAAAAAUGUGGGUGGCAACACCGCAUUGAAAUUCCCGCAACAAACGCUCGGAUGUUGUAGAUUUUGAUGGUGUCUACUAGGUCAUACGUUGUUCCUAAUUGGCAAAAGUGAUGUACAUGGUCCUCUGAGGGGGCGAUAGACUUAACGCAUCAAGCUUCAGAAAAUCUCGUUGAGGCAAUGUCGCCAAAAUACGAAAAAUACACUUCGAAAUCCGCAACGUCACACACGGAGAUUUAGGCACAAAAUUUAAAAAUGAAACUGACCUUGAUUUUCGCCUAUUAAUCAACAUAUGAUGGUGAAAUUAAUGACAGUAGAACUCUCAGAGUACGUUUUAUCAAUCUGAACUGAUUCAAUCUUUAAUGUCCCUAAAGAUUUUCUGUGUCAAUUAUGUGACAAAGCAGAGAGCUUUCGUGUCACUGUUGUCGGCUUUAGAACUGUGCAGAUACCUCUUGAAAGAACAUGGAUUUAAAUACAUGCUGACUGCCAAUUUUACUAAGAUGUGCUGGAGUGCUUGUAAUUAUCAGGCGAAUAGGAGGCCAAAUUGAAGAUCCCUCAAGGUUGCUGUUGAGUAAUUGAAAAAGGAGUCGGAACUGAAAGCUUAAGGUAGCCAUGCCGUUGAAUUUUAUUUCCAAAAUUGUAGUCAAAUAGAAUAGAAAUGGUAUUGACUAGAGUUUUUGUUGAACAAUAAAUAUC